UUCGACCGUUUGUAAACGGUCAAAUCUCGAACAUCGUGCAUUUCCAAGCGGUAAACCCCCACCCAUUUCCAGCCCCGAUUCGGGAUACCGCGGGGACGGCGGCGGUGUUCCCGAUCGGGGAAAUCGUUCACCGAGGGCCUCCCCGAAUGCGCCCCGUAUACCCUUAAAAUAAAAUUGAGCCGGUGAAGGAUCUUAAUCAAUCAAUCAAUCAAACAACCCAUCAAUACAACAAUUAAAGUUGAAGCAAUCUUGACAUUCGCAUGAACGCACACCAGGUGUUUGUUAAAAGUCCCAAGUGAAAAUUUCACUUAAUUUCAACCAAUAAUCAUCUUCAACAAACUCCAACAAUGGACUGGAAACAAAGGGUCACCAAUCUAAGCAGAGGAGGGGGUUUAAUGGUGGCAAUUAUAGCCCUUUUAGUUGCUACAUACUCUGUUUUCACGGUGCUCAAAGAUAGGGAAAUAUCAAAUCUUUAUAAUGAUCAACAAUCAAGUUCUUGUGAGUUUCCAGCAAUCUACAACUUUGGUGACUCAAAUUCAGACACAGGGGCUGUAUCUGCUGUGUUUGACCCGGUCUUUUCUCCUUAUGGGAUGACCUAUUUUCAUAAACCUUCUGGCAGGUUCUCAGAUGGGCGUCUAAUCAUUGAUUUCAUAGCUGAAAAGUUAGGUUUACCAUAUCUAAGUGCAUAUGUGGAUUCUAUCGGGACAAAUUUCCGACACGGUGCUAAUUUCGCUGCAAGUGGGGCCACCAUUCAGCCUGCGGAUGCUUUGAUGCUAAACAAGACUUUGAACCCCCUCACUCUCAAUGUACAGCUGUCACAGUUUGAACAAUUCAAAAGGCGAUCUUCUGAUUUGUACCUUGAAGAAAAAAGUAAAAGUAGAGACCGUCUUCCAAGACCUGAGGAUUAUCCUCGGGCCCUUUACACGUUUGACAUUGGACAAAAUGAUCUUCAUGCUGGGCUUACAUCGAUGAAAGAAGAUGAAGUGAUCAAAUAUAUUCCCGACAUAAUUAAUGUGUUGUCUUCGACUGUUGAGAAACUUUAUCAAGGAGGCGCAAGAACAUUUUGGAUUCAUAAUACGGGCCCAAUUGGAUGCCUGCCUUUCUUGGUAAAAAAUUAUCCGCCAGCUCCAGAAAACGUAGACAAAAUCGGUUGUGUGGAUUCAUACAACAAAGUAGCACAAGAAUUCAAUAAACAACUCAAAGAUAGAGUAUCAACACUGGGAACACAACUUCAAGAAUCAUCAUUGGUGUACGUUGACGUUUAUUCCGUCAAAUAUUCUCUCAUUAGUGAAGCCGACAAGCACGGCUUCACGGAUCCUUUAGGGAAAUGUUUAUGGAAAGAUGGGAGCGUUCUUAAAGCUUGCGCCAACCCGUUAGAGUAUAUUAGUUGGGACGGAGUACAUCAUACCGAAGCAGCUAACAAAUGGGUAGCUGGUCACAUUCAAGAUGGCGCUGUAAGCACACCCAAGAUACCCCUCACCGAAGCUUGUAGGCCCGUUUCCGGUUCCCAUAGAUAAUGUAUCAGGAAACUAAUGAUUCACUAACUUGAAACAUUUUUCUUAUUUAUGGACACUUAUGAUAAGUGUAUUAAUUGGGAUGGGUUACCUUA